UCAGGGGCAGUUAAGGAGUGAUCCCGAAAGCGCAAGGGUGUGUGGGGCGGGCUGAGUGCUCGAGCUGAGGAGGUGGUGGCUACGGGUUACAGGCCUUCAAUCACAAUUGGAGGAAGGGAUACAGGAAGUACUCACAGCUGCACAGACACCCCCGCGCCAAGAUCCAGGCAGCACCAACAAAAGCCACGGCAGGCUUGGGGGAAGAGAGUCAUGGCCACCUGGGGUGGUCUCCAGACAAAGAGUCUGACACACAAGGUACAGUUAGAGCUGGCACGCCUCAGAUCCGGGGGAAUCACGGCUUACAUCUUCCCUGAUGGUGCUUCUAGAAGCCGCUAGUGGGGUUGACCACAUCUCUUGGAGGUCUGACCCGAGGUUAAAAACCAGACAAAAGAUCGCCUGGUUCCAGCAGAAGGAUUCGUGGCCUAGGAUGGUACAAUCCAAGGCCUCAGACCAGCGGGAGGAGCGACGGGCGCCCGGCAUAGAGCCCCUGUGAGUUUCUGAUGGGACCCUGAGGCUCAGAGACCGCCCACUCGGAAACCAUGGAGACGGCAGUGAUCGGAAUGGUGGCCGUGCUCUUUGUGGUCACCCUGGCCAUCACCUGCAUCCUCUGCUACUUCAGCUAUGACCCGAAGACCCAGGACCCAGAGAGAGUACCCAGGAGCAGCUUCACCGUGGCCACGUUCCAUCAGGAAGCGUCUCUCUUCACAGGGCCUGGCCUCCAAGCCCGGCCCCUGCCGAGAGCCCAGAACUUCUGGACUGUUGUGUGAGGCUGGCGGGGCCCCUCAGCGGUCGUUCUGCUAGUGGGUCAGGCCCGCCUACCCCUUCAGCAAGCGUUGUCUGGUGUCUCACAGCUCUCAGGCCUCCUUCUUUGUCUUUCCAUGUUCCAUAAACUUCUUGCCUUCUUCCAUUUCUGCUGGCUCUGCCCUGUGUCCUGAGGAAGCUGAAGUGCUGGGAUCAGGUGUGAGUUACCGCUAAGCUGUGCCCUACUCACCACAAUGGGGCUGAGGAGCCUGAGGAGGUGUGGACAGACACUGCGUGGCAUUCUAUGGUGGAGUGGCUCCAGCCAGCUAUGGAACCUCACUCCAGGUUAGUUUAGCACCCUGUCAGUAGGAUGCCUGAGACAAAGUCUACUUGCCACCCAAGGAACCAGCGCCCUCAAGUGGACAUUUUGAUGAACUACUUCUUGUUUGUUUGUAUUUUUGGAUGCCCUGUGACGCUCGACCCUGAGAUUUGCUCCUUAAUCAGCCCUGAAAUUCUGACACCAAAGAGCUGUUUUCCGGGAACAAGUGACUUAGUUUAUAAUUGCAAAUGUAUAUCCUUUUAUGGGUCUUUCCAAAUCUGCUUUGGAAAACCACAAAAGGAAGCAGAAUAGAAAAAGACCCACAGAAAGCACAAGGUGUUUCAUUACCAGGAAGGCCACCGAGAAGACUUUAAACACGUUUUGAACAAGACUUGCUUUAUUGCUAUAGUCCGACAGACCGCGUCUAUUCUUAGCAGACGUGAGCGAUUUGCGUCACUUAGGAAUGAUAGAAACAUCGUGAACUGAAAGAUAAUUCCAAAAAAGUUAAAUGUUGCUACAUUUCAGCACAUGUGAAGAAGUUGUUGGGGUUUUUUUUAAAACCACAAAUAAAAGGACAUUUGUUUCUUAUUAAUAGAAAAAUCUGCUCUCUCUAUGAUUACGGAAUAGAUGCCAUCUCUUAUUUAAGGACUAGGAUCUGAAGAGUGGGAAGCCAUGGGCCUCCUGGAUCGUAUAUCUGCAUCUAGCCCUGUAUAGCGGACUCUCUCAAGACUUUGUCGAAGGGGACAAGAUUGAACAAGGGGGCUCUGGGAUGUAGGGGUGUCCAGAUGUGGCUGCCGUAGGAAGGACUGAGAACGACAGGCUUGGGUCUGGAGAGAUGUGGAGGUGGAGACGGUGAAGAAGGGGUGCAGGAAGGGAGCCAGGCUGCUAGAUGGGGUGGGGGUGGGGUGAAUCUCGGGAGGUCACAGGAGCUCCUGGAAACAUGUCCUUGUCACUCUGGAUGCCAAGUCCUGGACUCGGGCUUCCAUCGAUAGGCCAGAAGGAGGGCAGGGGAUCCUGGGGACUAAGCAAGGGGACUCCCUGCAGGCCAAGGGUCAGUGUGGUGUUGAGAUGUCUGCUAGCGAUGGGUGAGGUGGAAGCAGGCCUGGGUGGAGGAAGAAGUCAAACUGAGUCAGCCUUAGCUCCCUCUGAGGGAUUGCUCGCCAGUGGUCUGGCUUCACCCGGGCAGAGCUCUGCCCCAGGCGGGCUCAACGGGCCAGACCUUUCCUGAAAGUCCACAGGUUCUCUGCAGAGUCCUUUUCCCAGGGACACCUAGACUGCUUGGAGUUGGGGUCCCCAGGUGCAAUGAAGCACAUGAACACAGGAGCCUGUGUUGGAGAGGGAGAAGGACCCUUCCCAAGUGGCUUUUGGUUAUGGUGUUUGAUCGCAGCAAUAGAUACCCUAGCUAUGACACGAUCCAUCUCUCACCCAAUCACAUGCCGUGUCCUUUUUCUUCAAUAACCCGUGUGUUUUAUUCAUUCAUUCCUUUACCCUUUCACCUGUCCUCCAGUGAGCGCGGCCAGAGCUCUGUGUGCUCAGAGCAGGUGGAAGUCAGGCAGUCCGGGUCCUUGCACUAACUGAUGGGAACAACAAUCUUUAGUUGCCCGGGGAUGGCGGUGGGGAUCCCAGGGAAAUUCGAGAGGAAGAGGUGUCUGAGCUGGACUGGAGGGGAGAGGGAGACCAGCGAGCAGAUCCAGGAAGUUGCUGGCGUAGGGAACCUGCAGGGCAGAGAAACAACAGCUUGGCCUGGCCCGAAGGAGGUGAGACUAGACACCAGUCACCUCCUAAAGGAAGUAUGUUUCCAGGAAAUCGAUGCUAAGCAUACUACCGAGGCAGCCUUGCUUGUUCGGGCUAGGCAGGUGUAGGGUCCAGGCAUGAAUGAGGGCAGGGCCACCUGCUGCUGCUGCGGUGGGGAGGGGGCUCUUGAGGCAGAACAUGGACCCCCCAGGCUCUCAGAGGACUGUGGCAGUGGGUCUCAGGGCAGGGAGAUGGUGUCCAGAAAAGGAGGAGGACUUCAAAAAGGGAUGGUUGUCCUCCCUGGAGCAAGUGACAAGGGAAAGGGGUAGGGAUACAGCUAGGGCAGGGGCAGGAAGGUGGGGAGGACGCAGAAUGAGAAUCUAGGGAGUAGGGUUGCCAGUUUUAAUGAAUAAAAACAUUAUA